AUGUCCGGAGAACAAGACGCCCUGGCCUAUGGCCGCUACUAUGGUGGCCGAGAACAAGGCAGCAGCGAAGCCGGAGAACGCGGCCUGGGAGACUCAGCGCGAGGCUUUCUGACUGAUGGCCUCAAGAAAUUGAAGGAUCAAUACUCCAGUCAUUCGACCGCCGGCCAGCAGGGCUAUUACUCGUCUGGUACAGGUGCGGGACAGCCGCAGAGUUACCAGCAACCUUACCAGUCGUCCUAUUCGAACAAUCCCCAGUACCAGAACAGCCAAAACCAAAACCAGAACCAGAACCAAAACCAAAACAGACCGCAGAAACAAGGACUGUCCAGCUUCCUCGAUCGCUUUGAAGAGACCGUGUCGGAUGUCGGCUCGCAGCUGGCCCAGAGAAUCGGAACCACCAUCGAUGCCGACGCCUAUGCAGGCUACGGGGCCACUAAUAACCCUACCAACAAUCGCUUCAAUAGCUUCGCGCCCCCUCGGGGAAACAACGAAGUCAAAUGGCAUGUCGAUGGCUUCAGCUAUUUCUGGGCCGUAUCAAGGGCACUCGAGAACGCGAGGGAAUCUAUCUGGAUUUUGGACUGGUGGCUCUCGCCAGAGUUAUAUUUGCGACGCCCUCCAGCUAAGAACGAGCAGUAUCGUCUGGACCGCAUGCUUCAGGCAGCGGCUCAGCGCGGCGUCCAUGUCAACAUCAUUGUCUAUAAAGAAGUCGAGAAGGCUCUGACAUGUGAGUCUAGCGUUGCAGUUAUUGACGUUCGUGCUUGUCCUGACACGAAGAUCUCCUUCUCUAAAGCGCUUCAUCCAAACAUUGCCGUUUUCCGUCAUCCGGACCAUAUCCCAGACGGCGCCGAAAUCAAGAACUCGCUGGCCGCCUCCUUCCAGAACAUGUCGCUGGAUGCUGCAGGGAUCAGCAAGCUGCCCGGUGACGCAGUUAAAACCUUGUACGGUACCAAGGGGGACACCGUCUUGUACUGGGCUCAUCAUGAAAAGCUCUGCCUGAUCGACGGCAGAAUUGCAUUUAUGGGCGGCCUUGAUCUGUGCUUCGGACGAUGGGACACCAACCAGCAUUCUAUUGCUGACGUCCAUCCUGGAGACCUUUCGCAGAUUGUAUUCCCUGGUCAGGACUAUAAUGACGCCCGAGUACUCGAUUUCCAAAACGUGUCCCAAUGGGAGCAGAACCAGGUGGACAGGAAAGUCACUAGUCGCAUGGGAUGGUCCGACAUUUCUAUCAGUUUACGUGGUCCUGUAGUGGAAGAUCUACGAAAACAUUUCGUUGACAGGUGGAACUACAUUUAUGAUAGUAAAUACCGUGACCGCCAUCAGCCAAGAUAUGAGAGGCUCGACUUGUACCGAAAACAAGGGGGCCAAGGCAGUCAACCUCAGGGAAAUAUCAACGCUCCUCCCUCGCAAGUACCACAACCUCCUCAACAGGCACAACCGCAACAGGGACCGCCCAACCAAGGCCAACUGAGUCAAGAACCGCACUGGCAACAACCGCCGCCCGCGCAGUCACCACAGCCGCCUUCUGGACAGCCAUACUAUCAAACGCCCCCCGCGAGCCAGACUCAGCAGCAGCAUCAGCAACAACAACAACCCCAAUGGCAGGGCCAAUCAUACCAUUCUCCACCCCCAGCAGGUGAUGCACAACAGCAGCAGCCUGCUGCUCAAGCGUACCAUACCCCGCCGGCUGCAUAUGGUCAACAACCAGCACCACCACAGCCAUCAUCCCAAUGGCAAGGACAGCAGCAGCAGCAGUACCAAAACCAACAAUCCUCCUACGGUGGGUACAAUAACCCAAGUGGUGAGGUUAACCAGUCCAAUACAGGUCAAUAUGUUCCCCCGCCACCCCCAGGGCCGCCUCCAUCCCAGGCAGGAAGCAAUAACCCAAGCCAGUAUCAGAACACGCCAUAUUCUGCUUCCCAGUCAGGGUAUGACUCAGGUCAACACAGCUCGCAUGCGUCGACUCCAGCAGCGCAGGCACAGGCUCCAUACUUCCCACCUCCACCAGGACAAGUGCCGCAGCAGUCUCAGACGCGGGGCUUGUCCGAAGAGGAUGGCUCUCGAGGACUUGGAGGCACUCAGAAUAUUCUGGGGGAUGUUCGAGGUUUUGGUCAUUCGCUUCGUGGGCAGCUAGCCGGACAAGUGCAUCAGUACCAAGACCGUUACCUAACUAACCUUGGUCGGAAUUACGGCAAUGAAUGGUGCCAGGUCGUGCGAAGUGUCUCGCAAUGGAGCGGAGGUAUACCGACCGAGCAUUCCGUUCAAGAUGCGUACAUUGCUGCCAUCCGUAACAGUCGUCAUUUCGUGUAUAUCGAGAAUCAAUUUUUUAUUACGGCCACAGGUGAUAAACAGAAUCCUGUUCAAAACAGGAUCGGAGCAGCUCUUGUGGAGCGCAUCCUCCAAGCGGCCAGGGCUGGUCAGAAAUUCAAGGUCAUUGUGGUCAUCCCAUCUGUUCCUGCAUUUGCAGGUGACUUGCGAGACGAAUCGACACUUGGAACUCGGGCUAUCAUGGACUAUCAGUACAAAUCCAUCAACCGAGGUGGCAACAGUAUUAUGGAGAUCAUUGCCAGAGAAGGAUAUAACCCAAUGGAGUACAUCCGGUUUUACAAUCUCCGCAACUACGACCGAAUCAAUACCAAUAGUACCAUGCUGCAGGCCGAGAAGACUAGCGGUGUGAACUACGAGGAUGCCCGUAAACACCACGAUGCUGCCCAGGUGGGAUACGGUGGCUAUGAGCCCGGUGCGCCUCCCGGAGGAUACGAUACCACUCAGCCAUACAACCAAUAUCAGCAGGCAGCAAGCGCCCACCCUUCGGCAACCUCUGGUCGCUGGGACUCGGUCAGUGAAUGCUACAUGCUCGGGGGUCAAGAUAUCCGCAAUGUCCCGUGGGAGAGUGAUCUCCCUGAAAUCGACGCUUUCGUCACGGAAGAGCUCUAUGUGCACAGCAAGGUCUUAAUUGCCGACGACCGUAUUGUCAUUUGCGGUUCUGCUAAUCUCAACGAUCGGUCGCAACUUGGCACUCACGAUUCCGAAAUUGCCCUCGUGAUCGAGGAUCCCACGCCACUUGAAUCGAGCAUGAAUGGUCAACCAUGGCAAGCCAGUCGCUUCGCCGCAUCGCUUCGACGCGAGCUGACCCGCAAACAUCUUGGCCUGCUCAAGGCACAAGAUUAUACGCAGCCCAAUGCCAACUGUGAACCAGUUGGGGUCCCCAAUGAAUCCGAUUUGACUGGACCAGAAAGCCAGGUCGUCGCAGACCCUCUUUCCGAUACUUUCCAGAGUCUGUGGAAUUCGCGCGCACGGACGAACACGGAGGUUUUCCGUAAAGUGUUUAACGUCGUGCCAGAUGAUUACAUCCGUAACUGGGAUGCGUACAAGGAGUUCUUCGAGUACAACUUCCGUCAUGCUAGCACCGAGGCAGAAGGCAGGCGCGUUAUACGUCCUAGCAAGUACGAAUGGGGCCAUGUUGUCCGCGACAACUUUGCGCCUGGACCCGAAGGGGCGCAGCAGGUCAAAGAACAGCUGAGUCAGGUCAAGGGCACAUUAGUCGAGAUGCCGUUGAUGUUCCUGAUCGAAGAGGACAUUGCUAGAGAGGGGUUGGCAUUGAAUAGCCUGACCGAGGAACUCUACACGUAG